GCGAGGGCUUGCUCAUACAGAGUUUGCUGAAUGGUGAGAGCAGCCUCUUCUGAUCCAAGGAGACGUUUGAGAAUAAAUCCUCAUUGGCCAAGUUCUCCCCACAACUGGACCCAAUGCUGGAGCUGAAGUCCACAGCAGGCAGAAAAUCUCCAUCGCAUGAGACAACAUGAGCCUCCAUCUGGUCAGAAUUGUUCUCUUCUUGCCUUUCCUCUCCAUAGUUUCCGCAGGGACUCAUCCGUCGACAAGCUCUCUCUCCUUUUCCAUGAUUCAGACGCCUCUUUUUUUGAAUGUAUCAGAAGGAUCAGACGUGACGUUGAAUUGCAACACGGAAGGCAAUGUUUCUUCAAAGUGGUUUAUAAAAUGGAAGAAGAUGGGGGGAAAACACUAUAUUAAAAAUUCAACCUGGAGUUUUGUAAUAACGAAUAACGUUAACAAAUCCAGCACCUUAAUUCUUAAAUCAACUGUUAUUGCGGAUUCUGGAAUCUAUCACUGUGAAACUGGCGAUUUAGUAGAUUCGCAAUUGGGGAACACAAGUGUGACAAUCUGGGAAAAGCCCAACCUGGUGGUGAAUCAGACUCCACAACAGGUCAGCAAAAAAGCCGGGGGAAAUGUCACAAUUACGUGCAAUUUUAGCAGAGUUCACAAUAUCAGUUUGGUGGAAGUGAAAUGGUACAAAGACAAACUGGAGCUCAGGAACCCAAAACACUCUGAGAAAUUUAAGCAGAAAGUGUUUCUUAAACUGGUAAAUGUAAAUCUGGAGGAUUCAGGAAACUAUGUAUGCACGAUCAGGAUCAGAAAUCGAACGGGAUCAGGAAACGGAACGUGGGUUCAAGUCGCUGCUGCAAAUCUAUUGGUGAUUCGGUCACCACCUUCCAUCCAGACAACAGAAGGGGAAAACCUCACCAUGAACUGUAGAGUCCAGGGGAAGGAAAUCAAACACCUCCAUAAUGUUUCAUGGUAUAAGAUUGCCUUUGAUGGACAGAAGACCUUAGUGACACACAAAACUGAUGUUCUGAAAGACCGAGUUUCUCUGUUUUUGAGGAACAUCAAAAAGGAGGACUCUGGAAACUAUAUCUGUGAAAUUGAUGGAUAUGGCCAGGGGAAAGCAACUAGGGUGACAAUCCUUGGACGCGAGAAGCCAUCACAGAACAUCAAGGUCAAUGGUGACGGCAGACAACCAGGCUCACCCCAAGAAAAUACCGGGGGCGGAAUCGGAAUCCCUGUGGGGGUUGGAAUAGCCGUGGGCACCCUCAUCUUCUUGCUGCUUCUCGGCGCCGUGGUGUGGAGAUCAAAGAGGAAGAAUAAAGGGGCUUCAGAAAACCCCUCGGAGGCUGAGCCUGUUGCAAGCAAAGAAGCUAGGAAGCACACUUCUUUGACCAAACAAGAGAGCGAUGUGACUUACGCUGACAUCAGAUUCCACAGAAGGGAAGUUCCACCAGAUGCUGAGGUUGUGUAUGCAGAAGUGAGACUGGGUACAAAACGGCCUGAGAACAGAGACAGAGGGACUCAGUCUGCAGGCCUUCACUGAGAAAAGAGGAGAGAAGAAGCUAUUCAGAGAAGAGUUGUCUUCAGAAGCUCCUGAGAUAUGCCCUGCCAUGAAGCAGAUGGUUCCUUUCAAAGCCUUGAGAAAUCUUCACCUGUUAUCCACGAAUGGAAGAAUUGCAGUCUGCCUCCCCUUUCCUCUUUGGUAGAGAUGGACAACCCCAUCUUCUAAACUAUAUCCUUGUAACCUCCCACUUAGAUUCCCACAAUUAUAUGGAGCUGCCCUUGAAGAGCAUUCAGAAAGUUCAGUUGAGGCAAGAUGCAAGAUAAAGGGUGCUGGCUACAUGGCACAGGUUAAACUCUUACUCCAUGACCUGGCCUGGCUGCCAGUGUGUUCCUGGGUUCAAUUCAAGGUGUUGCUUGCCACCCUUAAAGCCCUACGUGGCUUGGGACCAGGCUAUCUGAAGGGACUGUCUUUCUCCAAGAGUCUCUACCCACCCAAUUCGAUGGAGCAGAUUGGACACAUUGCAGAUCCCAUCAGCCAAAGAGAAUCAGGUGGCAGGGACUGUAGGAAGGGCCUUUUCUGCAGUGGCCCUCUCUCUGUGGAAUAUACCCCCCCUCCCAGAGAUUAGACUGACUCUUUGAAAGGCUCUAAAAAUCUUGUUAUAUACCCAGCCUAGGGCUCGGACAAUGUUAAUGGCCCUGUAUUCUGAUUUUACUGUUAAUUGAUUAAUUAUCUCAGCUGCUGUUUGUAUUUAUUUUCUGGAUGUUUUUAUUGUCUUAAUGUUUUAAUUAAUUGUUUUAAUUGUUCUAUAGUUUCAAAAAUAUUUUGAAAUAUUUUAGAAAUAUAAGCCACUCAGACUCACUUGAUUUAGAUGGGCGGCUAUAGAAAAUGAAUGAAUGGAUGGAUGGAUGGAUGGAUGGAUGGAUGGAUGGAUGGAUGAAUAUGGGGAUAAUUAUUGGGAGGAAACUUACGAGGUAAAUUUAGAGAGAUAAAGGCUACAAAGAAUUUUGAAACAUCCUCAAAACAUCUAUCUUAUUUUUGUAUGACCAUGAACCAGUUACCAGGAGAAAAAAGUAGGUUGAUAAAGCAAUAUUAAUAAUGUG